AUGCUAAGCGAAGUAAGAACAAGGGCUGAGAUACUGUCAGGUUGUCCAAGCCUAGACAGGAGGUUCCGUUCGAACCACGGAUCUUCUGAUUACCUAAAGGAACUGGAGAUAUGCACAAAAGCGUCUAUCCCCACUUCCCCUUCCGAGCGCAUCAUCAUCAUUAUGGACAGCAUGACACCAGUGUUCAACACCGAUGCUUCGCUGCCGUACAACCGUGAUUUAUUGGAAAGACUUAUUGUAAAGAAAAGAGUAAAGGUCAAGGGUUGGUCACCUCUGCUUCCGCCACUCUUAGUUGGGCUUGGAAAACAGCACUCUUCUGCUAACGAUGGCUGGGCAUACGCAACACGUCCCAAAAAUCAAAAACACAUGUCCCAACCAACGCAGCUUCUGGUGCCUGACACAUUCUUCAAUGGAGAUACCCGUUGCACAACCGAAAACUCGCUUUCUAAUUGCCUAGUUACGGAUACGCCGAUACCAGCCCACACGAGCUAUGGUUCUGAGAUAACGAUUGUCGAACACCUGAAGACGUCUCAGUUCCGCUGCUCGAAAAGUCCAAUUCUUAUAUUUAUACGAGAAAACAACCCGCACUGUAGCUUGAUACACACUUCCCUUCAGAUUCAGGGAUAA